AUGUCCAAGAUCUCGCCGUCGCUCAAGGCGCUCAUCAAUGCGUCCUUUGCGCACCCAGGCCCAACCGCUGCGCCCGCCGCCCAGAUCCGCGAAGCCUUCGUCGACAUUGCCCGCGAUGCUUCGAGGCGCAAGCUCGGCCCGCGGUCGUGGAUAGUCCUAUCCGCCGCCGCCACAUUCACCCUCAACUCCCCCGACUCCCUCACCAUCCUCCACGACGUCGCAUCCUCCCCCGGCCACCACGACCCCAAUCCCAGCGACCCCGUCCAGACCGCAGAGCUCAUCCGCGAGGUCGGCCUCAAGUGCAUCAGCUUCAACGGCAUCCCCCGCUCCAUCAACUGCCUCAACGCCUUCCACGCCUCCCUGCCCGCCUCCGUCACCGCCCGCCUCGCCAGCGCACCCUCCCGGGCCCUCUCCCCCGAGUCCCUCCCGCAGGUCCGGCAGCGCGGCCGCGACCUCUGGAAGUCCAUCUACCGCCCGCUAGACGAGAAGCUCUACCGCAAGCUGGCGCGCUCGCACCCCGACCUGCCGGUGCACAUCCUCGACGCCAACUACGGCCCUCUGCUGGCGGAUCCGCCUAGAGCCGAAACAAAGGGACUGGCGAGCGUGGGGCGGCUCCUCACUUCUGUUGUUGCCAUUGCGAGUCUGAGGGCGCAGACGGGCGUGGGACCACAGGUCCUGUCGCACGUGUACGGCUUGCGCAAGGCAGUCGAGGACGGCUCGUUCAGGGACGAUGUGGUCGCGGAGGGGGACGAGGCGGCGGAGUGGCUGGCGGGGGAUGAGGGGAGCGAGUGGAUUUUGAGGAGUGUUGAUCGGAUCGUGGAUGUGUUGGGGGGUGGGAAUUUUGCGGCGGCGGGGAGAGUGGCCAAGUUGUGA